GACGAAAUUGUUGCUACUGCGGGUAAGGAAUGGCAAAGCGCAGCAAAAGACAAAAACAAAUGGGAACAGCUGGAGGAGGCUUUUACCCAGAAGUGGUCUACAGCAGAAAAAUAGAAAUUAAUAUUUAAAAAUAUAUAUAUCAAAUGAUAAAAUUCUCUGUGGAAUAUCGAAGCUCUAAUAAUAAUAAUAAAUGCAAUCUCCACAGGCAGAACUGAUGCAAAAGUGUCCAGUUGUCAGCUAUAAAUAAUAGCUCCAAAUCUCUCCAGAGUAGCGCUAGAGUAACUAAGAACCUAGGCAUUAUUGACAGAGUGAAGUGUGCUGUCUAUGAUUUGUUUUUUUUUUUUUUUUCAAGUAUUCUAGGUAUUGUAGCGCCACCUAUUAAAUGUUUUUUGAUGACACUUUUUGGUAUAUGGAAAGUACAUCCCUGCCUCCACCUUCCAUAUUUGUAUCACAUUAACAAACAUUUUUUUUUUGUUUUUUUUUUUUAAACAUUGUUAUAUCAAUAUCAUUUACAUAGGGAAAUAGUGUCCAUUACGAAUAUUAAUUGCAUCAGUUUAAAUACCUUACAAACGUCAUCACUAGUGUCACUGUCACGAGUCAAUAGUCAACAAGUCGAUCAUAUUUCGCGGGAACCUGCAUAACCCCAAAUCUAGCUCAAAAUAAGAAAACAAUGUCGAUUCACGUAGAAAAUACAUUACAAAAAACAAAUAAAGAAGCUUUCGAGCAGCGUGCACACUACGUGCCGUGUAAAGUGGAAGAAGAUGGUCCUGCCAAUGUAGAGAAAUACUUUGAGCCGUAUGUCGUUGAAAAAGAUGGAGAAUUAACGGCGUCGUUCCGUGGGCACCCUCUAGACGGCACCAAGAUGAGUUUCCCUGAGGGCUACAGAGCCGUUGUGGCCACUGAGGCCAAGAGACCACUCUCGGAAGACGCUGAUCGCAAAUUCCAUGUAGUAGGAGGCUUCAAAGACUUCAUAUACUGGAAUUGGGACAAGAAACCAUCUAAGAAUGACAACAUGGUCAAAGCACUGGAUUGGAUAGACAUUGCUGACGCGAUCCACGGCGAUUGAUCUGCAAAUAGUUUCACCUGCAACGUCGCACUUGCUUUAACGAAAGUGAUCAUUUUCCUCCCUGGAUUGAUGAUACUUCUAUGCAAUCUGAUGUAUAUUAACCAUUGCUAUGCCUCUGAGUUAGAUUUUUUUUUCAUUAUAAUUGUAACUUAGGAGCGAAAAUAAACUCCGUACAAAAUUGUAAAUGCUUCUUGCCCUUAUUCGAAUCGCCAUUGUGUAUGUAUCAUAUUAUUGUACAAUAAGUUCGUAGAUUGAAUACUUAACCGUAGUUUGUUCUGUACAUAGUGUAGUGUUCAUAUUGUUUAAUAGUUGUAUGUAGUCUAUUAGUUAGUCGUAAUUUGUAUUUCUUUGCAGAUCGGAUACUCCACCGAACACUGUCUAUGACCGUAAUAUGAUAAGAUUCAUAUACUAGCCGUGUCUUAUCCAACCUCGACAUUGGCAGAAUCAUCAACACCUUGAUGGAGCCAUAACACGAAAAAUUUAUUGAUUGAAUCGCCAUAAAUGUAGUUGAUAUACAUCAAAUUGACAAAAUAUAUUAUUUUCAAUAAUCCAGAAGAAAACGACUACGUUUCUAUGGAAAUGGUUGGACAGCGUAUACCACGAAUAGUUCGGACUGGAGAGAUUUGCUUGACCAGGCUAAGGCCCACCCGCGGCUGUAACUCAGACGAUGAAUCAAUAAAACAAUAUGAUAAUA